UAAUCAAGUAAUUCAUUUUCAGCUUCAUAAAUAAACCACCAUGAAAAUCUUCGCAUUCGCCUUUGCCGUACUCUUGGCCGGUGUUGCCGCCGCGCCCGAGACCCAAGAGCUAAGUGGAAACGAGAGGUUUGUGGAUGGCAUCAUCGCUGGUCUGAUCGAGGACCUGAGCAAUGACAUCAAGGAGAUGGGUCUCGACCCCUACAUUUUGGACAAGGAAGAAUUCUCUUACAGGCUUCCCGUUACUGACCUCUUGGAGGUCGAUGCUAUUGCUGAGCACGUCUUGAGCACCGGUCUCAGCUACAUCCGCAUCAACCGCAUCUCGUACGGCAUCCUGACCUCCAGGCUCCAGUUGGACAUUUCCCUGCCCCUCGUCACUGGUGCUGUUGGUUCAGCGCAAGCUCGUGUAAAGAUCUUCGAUGAAAUCCUCACAGGUCGUGGUGGCGGAAGGGCCUCCAUUGAGGAGAUCCGCAUCGUCGCUGACGUCCGCCUCAGCAUCGGCAUCAUCAGUGGAAUCUCUGUCCGCAGUAUUGACAUCGAUUUCAGCGUUGGCCAGAUCAAGUCUGACUUGCACGUUGAGGUCUUCGGCUACGACUUGUCGGAGGAGAUCAACAACUUCUUGAACUACUACGUUCCCCUCACUUUGGCAUCCAACAGGGCUGACAUCAACCACCUGCUGGAACAUGUCAUCACCGACCUUAUUGAAAACCAGCUGUAAAGGAUUCACCCUU